UCAACGAGAGCGGUGCAUCCAAUAUGGCGUCUUGUGUGAGGAGAGCAUUGAUGCCUAUUGGAGUGAAUAUUCUGCGACAACAUGGUAUUAUCAGCUGUUUAAGACCAAGAACUCUCCCAAUGAUGUGUAGAUUUGCUAGCCAUGAUGCAGUGCAGACAACUAUUCUGAAGAGAGAUGAUGCACGCAAGGAGGAGCUACUUCAGUUUGGGAACUAUGUUGCAGAAAAUCUGCCCAAAUUUGUACAGAAAGUUCAGAUCACAGAUGGGGGAGAACUGGAAGUCCUGAUUCAUCCUGAAGGGGUGGUGGUUACCAUGGCGUUUCUUAAGGACCACACAAAUGCACAGUUUACUAAUAUAUCAGAUUUAUGCGCUGUGGAUGUGCCCUCUAGACAAUAUAGGUUUGAGAUUGUCUAUAACCUUCUCUCAUUACGGUUUAAUACACGCAUACGAGUGAAGACAUACACAGAUGAAAUCACACCAAUGGAGUCUAUAUGUCCGGUUUUCCGUGGUGCUGAUUGGUAUGAGAGAGAGAUAUGGGACAUGUUUGGGGUAUUUUUUGCUAACCACCCUGACUUAAGGCGCAUCCUAACAGACUAUGGUUUUGAAGGUCACCCGUUUAGAAAAGAUUUUCCUUUAUCUGGUUUUCUAGAGUUACGAUAUGAUGAUGAAGAGAAGAGAAUAUUAUCAGAGCCAGUAGAACUAGCCCAGGAAUUUAGAAAAUUUGAUCUUCGUAGUCCAUGGGAGCAAUUCCCAGCAUUCAGACAAGAAGCUGUUGAAGAGGGGGAAGGUGUAGAAAAAUUAGAAUCGGGAGAAGAGAAAAAAUAGACUUGAAAUAAUUACUGCCAUCUUAUAAGAAAACAAGGAACAGUUUUAACAUGACUCUUACAUUGGGGCAAGUCAUGCCGUGUGGAUGCUGUGUGUUCUAUAUUAAUUAUAUAAGUAUGAAGUAAAAUUUCAGACUGGGCUGACAAAAAACAAACUACAGUCUCUGCUGUAGAUCCCAAAAUAUUGCAUUUUUGGAAGUUUAGGACACGGCAGGUAUGUAAAUAUAUAUUUGUUGAUAGGCAGAACUUGAAAUCUGGAUAGUUAUGGAAAGAUGUUAAUCAAUAUGCCAUAAGUGUAUUACGUUUACAAGCUUGGUUGGGAGAUACUUCAUGGUGAUGUAUGUGAGGCGCUGCAGGGCUCUAGAACCAUGUUUUGGAACAUGUAAAGUAUUUUUAUUCAACCUGGAGAGUCUGCAAGAACUUUAGAACAUCGGCUUGAGGUUUACUUCUUAUGAAGUAUGUUUUGAUCUUCUUGCUUGAGUAAGUUUGGGAGAGUCAGCCUGCUUGGUUGUAAAGUGAUAUGUCAUAGAAAUAGAUUUGAAGAUGUGUUAUCACAGCAUUUGGGUUCUGCGUGUUUGUUAAGGCCACUCUCAUGGACAUUUGUCCAGUUCUGGUAAUAAAGUUUUCAGAAAAGAAAAAGACUUU